UACUAGAGUAUUACACUUACUCCGUAAGUACACUGUUUGAGUAUGUGAGAAAUUAAAUUGACCAACUGUCCAUCUGCUGCAUACGGACAUCAAAAAAAUGGUUAUGCAGCAUGAGAUUGAGAAAGUUGGGGCCCGUUUUGGGGACCGCCCCCUCAUCAGUUUUGGCGGAAGUAGUAGCCGGAUGCAGUAUGGAGGCAGUAGCAGUUCUAGGGCGGGGAGUGAAUAUAGAGGCGGAUCUACCACAGCCGCAGGCCGAUCCUCUUCAAGUGGUGCAUCCACUCAUGGCGGCAAUGGGGGCCAGAUGAAUCAAGUGACAAGGAUCUUAGGAGGGGUGGGAGGAGGUUAUGGUUAUCCUACCACUCCAUCUGCUGCGGGUCCUGGUCCUUCUAGGAUAGACGGAACAACCGGGAGUAGACAUCAAGUGCUAACUGGUUCCUUUGGAGGCGGAGGUCCUUUUUACGACGAUGAGCGCGGUCGCGGUGGAGGAGGGUCGGUUGUCUUCACGAUGUUAGACAGUCACAGUCACAGCAGUAGUGCUAGUGCUCAACAACAAGCGAAUCUUCCAGGAAGUGGGCAGUCUGGGGGUUUUGGAGGUGGGAGGUGUAGAAACCUCCAGCAGCAGGUUCUUGAUGCUGAGUUCAAAUGGAGACACCCUGAUGCUCCACAGCCGCAUCCGAGAAGGUCGUUGCGGCGAUGCCUUCUGCUCUAUGAACAAGGGGUGCAAAGCCAGAAGAUGCGCGCAAAAAAGCGGAUACAAGCGGCGCUGACAAGGAACAACACCAUCGCAGAGCAGUUGCGGUACAUAAAUCACGUUGAGGCAGAUGCUGGACCUGGACGAGCUCAUACUUUUGAUGGCUUAGUGAGCGACAAGACCUCCUCCAACACGACCAAAACAAAUGGCAACUACGCGGUAGGAAUAAAUGUUGUAGUAAACGACGGAGACACGACAGUGACAGCCGAUAAAAAUUCCACUAGUUCUUGUACUAAUACUAAUGCAGCUGAAAGAGAAACAACAAGGAUGACAUUUGGUGAGGUGGGAGACUCCAAGACUAAGAUUUCAUCGACAGAACCAGUCACACCGGCGAACAAGGAAACAGGAGAGGACCCAGAGGCAGACGAGGACGUGUUUUACUUAUGUUACAAACGGCCGACCAUCAUCUUCAUGAUUCUGUUUCUCUGACUUUGUUGGAAGUUCUUUGUCUGAAGUUUGUUGUGUUGUGUAUUGAAUCGGGGCAACAAUAGGAGGCCGCGGCGCCCGCUCGUGGGCCUCGCGGAUCACUCUGUGGAUCUUUCUCUGUGGUUAGCUCGGCUCAUGCCAUUCACGGUGUGACGCUCGGCAUUCUUCGGAGCAAAUGGCGUCAUAAGUAAGACACGUCCUCGUCGGCAUUCAUCUUCGGAGGACCCAGAGGCAGACGAGGACGUGUUUUACUUAUGACGCUAGUGUUAGUGUACGUGUAGCAGACUAGUGAGUGUGUGUAUCUCGUUUCUUUUUCGCGUCACAGUACCUACUAGGGCAUGGUCGUGUGAAAUAAAAACUUCUAAGUCGUGUAUCUUGUAGCACUACAGCUCGUAGUCGUAGAAGCGGCAUUUUCUAAUCCCUUCUCCCGAAAAAAGCCCUCGUCGAAUUUUUCAAAGCGGUGGUUCCCCCAGAAAUCGUGGAGGCGGGUUCCAUGGUGACAGACACGCCUACUCUCUGAUUCCUACUCCGACGGCCGGUUCUAUGGGAGUGAUACCUUCCGGCUUUGCCUCAGACCCUUUGGAGCCUAGUUCCAUGCAUUUCCACCAACUCCCAGUCCUGCCUUCUCAUGGGGUAAACGAGAAUUCAGCAAGAUUACAGGAGUCUAUCAACGUUCUGAGGAAUUCCGCGGCCGCGUCGCCAGCGUGGUUGGAACUGUCGUUAAGGAAGUGUGGUGUUUGGUACAGUUCUGCGGGAAAAGGAGCAGGAAAAAAGUGCUUCUUGAAACUAGAAGUAGCAGGAGAAAGAAACCAGAAUCUUAAUCUAUUGGAUACAGCACUACAGAAUGAAGAACGUCUUGAGUCUGUAGAGACCCAAGAAAUGAAUCUUGAAUCUGUAGAGAAACCGAAACCCAAGGAAAGAAUAUAUGGACGAAAUCAGUAUUUCUAUUUUCAUAGCGUAACGUAGGUAUUUCAAGCGGAACUUCUACGCGUGGUUGGAACUGUCGUUAAGGAAGUGUGGUGUUUGGUACUAAAUAACUUUCCCAGUCACUCACUGAGGCCUGACAACUUCCUCUCCCAUUCCUAACGUCAACAUGAUGUCCUCUUCAUAAGUAUUCAUACUGAGACCCACGCACAGGCGCACGGACACCGACGCCAGUUCAGAGAAUGAUGCGGUCCUCCAGCUCCUUGACGACAUUGAUAGGAGGCGCACAACCGGCGCGUAGUGCAAGUGCGAGUACUACUACGAAAUAUGUUGUAAUCACAGUGGACAACUUAAAUUUACUGUUGAUGCGUGGUCAUUAAUGUUCAUCCUCGUAAAUAAAGUUACUUUUCCUUUAUAAUAGUCCUCAAAACUUUUGUUGCUGAUCCUCGUAAAUAAAGUUACUUUUCCUUUAUAGUCCGCAAAACUUUUCUUGCUGAUCCUCGUAAAUAAAGUUACUUUUCCUUUAUAGUCCUCAAAACUUUUCUUGCUGUUCCUCGUAAAAGUUACUUUUCCUUUAUAGUCCUCAAAACUUUUCUUGCUGAUCCUCGUAAAUAUAGUUACUUUUCCUUUAUAGUCCUCAAAACUUUUCUUGCUGUUCCUCGUAAAUAAAGUUACUUUUCCUUUAUAGUCCUCAAAACUUUUCUUGCAGCUUUCCUCGUAAAUAAAGUUACUUUUCCUUUAAGAAGCUCCCCCUUUAGCUCCAUGCUACUCCAUGCGAUCCAUGCACUCCAUGCCAUGCGAGCUGUGAAACCUUAUAAAUUGCUCUGCUUUCUAAGUAGUCCUCAAAACAACUUUUGCUUUCUUCAGUCUGAUCUCUACCUCUAACUCCUUCCUUCGCAGCGGAAAAGACUCCAGGACCACGUACGGCGUGAUACACAGUGUACCAAGCUUUGGACUUCGAAGUUCUUUAGACGCCAACCUAGACUCGCUUAGUCGGUUUAAUGGAGCAAAGGUGAGCAGUCCUAAGAAUGAUGCGGAGGAAGCGGUGAGCAGUCCGAAGAAUGAUAUGGCCGCGAAGAGAUGAUUGUGCUGCCAACAUCUUCAUGUUGUUUUCGUCAAAUCCAUAUCUAAGAUCAUUUUUCAAUCCAGAUAUCAAGUUGAGAUCAUCUUCACAGGGUGAAGCACUCUGCUGCUCCAAUAUCCACCCUGUGGCGCACUAUCGCUCACGCAGUGUAGGCGGCGUGCCAGAUCGCGCGGACGCGAUAGCCAGUAAAGCCAGUUGGAUCACCGCAUCAACGUCCUACAAUGCGAAUAGUUAUGACGAGUUUGUCCCAGAUUCUAGUUCCACUUCCACAUAGUAGCCAUAGAAAUUGCCUUCCCAUAUAUCUUCGUGCGAUGCGCCUUCCGCGGACUCUAACCAAGAAACAAGCAAGGUGGAUCCCAAGAUUUGUCGCGAUUUCCACAUGGCUAUGCUCAAGUGGUGGACCGUUUACUCUAUUGGUCCUUGCAGCGGCAACUGUAUAACAACCCGCAUCCGGUGAUCAGACAGAUACCAAGGAUAUUCUCUCAACAGUGGGAACCGUUUUCCUUUGGCGAUGGCACUGUUAAGGCUACCCCUAAUCCAUCUCUAUAGACAUCCCUCAAGAAGAAUAUGCACCCCCAGCCCCAUACAAGGGACCCAUACUGUGGCAUAUUGUUGAGGGAUUGCCACAGGGAUGAAUUAGCGAGAGCUCUAACACUGGUAAGCGCGUACCUGAGUUGAAGACUGAGUUUCUGUGUGAAGUCAUCAUUCCAAGGAGAAAUCGGUGCGCAUAUCGUGGGAAGAUCAGGAUACGAGUACGGCAAGGUGCGGACUUGCACUCAAUAGCAAGUGCGCAUAGGCAAGUCUAUGGUUUGACGAUUCCACAAGCAGAGAAGUUGUUGAGGACGUUGGUGUUGACGAGAACGCAGAUACGUACAAUUUUUUACUUUCGCGUAUUCAACAUUGGCAUAUUAAAGUUCGAGCUUGAACUUGAUGAAGAUCUUUAGGUCGAAUAAUCAAUCAUAAAUCUGUAGCAGCCAUGCAAUUUAUGGACAUGUUUCUUCAUAUGUUGUAAGAACGCCUCUUCAUGAAGUAUAAUUUUCACGUUUCUACAACAUACAACAUCAGAGCAUGGUUCUUUUUCCGCAACACCUUCGCCACCCAAGGACAAGCAGUUAGCUAUAGAAGCGGGAGGCAGUGCAGCAGGUGACACCGACACGAGAAAACGACUGAAGAAGCGGCAUGCCUCAAGUGCACCUAUGACACAAAGUUGGCGGGAGACUGUGGAGAGAGGUAAGUAGAAUCUUGAAGCUAGAAACCCUUACCCUUAUUUUGCAUCUCUGAACAAUCCCUAUGCCAUUGCCAUCAUUCUCCAGAUGCAGACCUCGAUCGGAGUAUGGGCCACCUGAUGCCGAAAGACGGGUCGCCAUCGUCUGGGGAUAAGGUACUAACCUUAUUUUUUUUCGGCCUUAUGGUGAGUAGAGGAACCUGGAAGAAACUGAUGUUGUCGGCGGUAAAGAAUUCAGGAUUAGAUGAAAUGUUCCACUUUAGAUCUAAUCCUGAAUUGUUUACCGCCGACAUUAGAUGAAAAAGGAUUAGGCGGUAAACAAUUCAGGAUUAGAUCUAAAGGCGGUAAUCCUGAAUUAGAUGAAAAAGGAUUAGAUGAAAAUUUUUCUUCUUCUGACCUCCUAGUGGUCCUAUACCUCUUCAACUACAGAGAACAAGCGGCUCCGCUUCCCCCGAUGGCCUACGAGCUACAACGAUUCCCCUGAAUACUAAGACGAACUCAAAACGUGAGAUUCGUCCUCUGGAGGAGGACGAGUACGAGGACUCGGAUUUGGACUCAGGAGAAGCUGCCUACACACCCCCAGAAGACGGCUGUGCUAAAGGAGGAGGGUUGUUACCACCUCAACAAGGAAAUACUGGAGGUGUAGGUGUUGGAGGUAGUGGUCAAAAUGUAGAACUAGUCGAAGUCGAUGGUCCUCGCAAGCAAGAUCAAACUGAAGCUGCAACGAAUGAGCAAACAACUCAAAAACAAGCCCCUUCUUCUUCAAGUACUAGUACAACAGGGGUUCGUCGUGAUCCUCCUGCACCUAGCUCAACGUCAGGAGCAGUGGUCGCAGGAGCUUCUGCCAAUAGUAAAAAUGCAGCACCAGGAGGAGGGCCAACAUCAACUUCUUCUGCCACAAACAACAACAGCAGUACUAAAGUAAGGCUGCCCUUAAUCCAUCUCUAUAGACAUCCCUCAAGCAUAUGCACCCCAAUACAAGGGACCCAUACUGACGCAUAUGCUUGAGGGAUUUCCACAGGGAUGAAUAGGGGAGAGGUCUAACUAAAGCAAUAGCCAGCAUCAAUUCAAAUAAUUCUUCGGGUGCUGUCAAGGUGAUCUACGAUGGAGAUCUGUUGAGGCGCAUAGUGUAUGCGAAGAUUUUCCUACUCGGCGUGCAAGACGAGCGCGGAUUCGACAUUGCUCUAGACCAAAUGCAAUCCCUUGUCACGUGGGAAGACGUGCAAUGCAGACCGAUUCUACGUGGCGAGAAGGAGAAAGACACCGCUUUGGGCAAGUUUUUCACGCAGAAGGGUCUCGUCUGGUGGAAAAAGCACAAUGAGGCGAUACCGGAAGAAUGCGUCGUUUGGCCUGGGUCGAUUGAAGAGCAGGCUAGAGCUCUGAACAACGGAGUUUUCCGCGAAUUAGUAGAUCCUAGAGGAUUAUCGGAAUUCCUAGUUAGUCAAAAAAGUUCGAAUCUUUUGCAGCGGUACUACAAAAUGUGGGCAGAGACGUGGGCCGCAGCCUAUUUCUCCUCCACAUUGUCGAAGCCUUGGCCGCACUUGCCUAGGGACCCGCUGGGCCAGAGUGGUGAAAGGUAGAAGUGCUAUGUACUUUACUAAAGUGCCUGUCCUCGCAUAAUUUAUUUUGGGCUUAUCAGAUCUGAUCGUGCUGAGUAAGAGUAACUCGUUUCAUUCGAAAGAAAGACAAAGAACAACAGAUUCACUCACUAAAUUCAAAAUCCAGGUUAUCUACUUCUCCCGUCUCCCGCAACUACGCCAGACGUGUUGGACGCAUGAUGCUAGAUGUGAUGAAAGCUGGGUUCACCCAAGCGCUUCUUUUUCCUGGUGGCAAGGGGACAGAGAGACUGCUAGACGCUUUCGUUGACGGAAUCAUUGCAGUGGAAGGGAUCAUGGAGAAGCUGAAGCCGUGCUUUCUGAGCAGAACUGGAGGAGGUGUGUCGAGUUAUGGAAAUUCCGCUGUAGCGUAAAUUUUUUUUUGAAUUUUUUCUGCGCUAGAAGUUGUAGAGAGAGCGAGCAUCCAUCAGCACUAGACAACUUGUGUAUGGCCGCUCUGGUAUUUGGUAAAAACCUGACUCCCCAAAAACAUUAGUCCUUUUCUAACCCCAAGAUUCCGCAGAAGAGAUGCCGUUGAGUGACCGAGUAUUGUUGAUCUGUACUAUGACGAUGAUGCUGGCUGGUGGCUCUCAGCGUAAUAGGUGGUCUAGGGAGAAAUUCGUGGCUGUAGGGCUCAACGAUGCUGGCGUGCAUGAAAACGUGAUGAAAAAAAUCUUCGAUAAGAUCGACGAUUUUGGUUUAGUUUUAGUUUAAAUUCAGCUUCCUACUCGUUUGGAGUAGAGCUGAUAUUGGUAAUCAGGUCGGUUAACGAUGUCAUCAAAAUUAGGAUUCAUUCAAAAUUAGGAUUCAUUCAAAAUUGAGAUUGUGUUGUUGUUGCCGUUGUAUUUGACUGAAAAAGAAACGAAGGAAUGGGAAUCAUGCCAAGGACGGAUUCUAUGCAGGGGGUCCGCGUCGAUUCGCUCAAUACAGCAAUGACUUAUUCGCGAAGCUAGCCUAUCUAUUACCAAAAGAAAACAAACUUACUCACUUCGUUGUGAUCAAGAAAACAAACCUAACAAACUUGCCGAUGAAAGGAAAGACUAAAAUUUGUCGAUUUACCUAACAAACUUGCACUGAUAGUACCGGUAUCGCAGCUACUAGUGGUGCGAUGUAAAAAAGUGAAAUUGUAUUUGGUAUCAAAGUGCGCGAUGUCCUAGCAGAAUGAAAAUGUACAAAUUCUUCAAGCUAAAGCGAAUAUUGAUGAGAAGUGUCAUAGUUAGUCAUUCCUAGCGGCGUGAUUUAUUUAACAAAGUUACAUUCAAACAGUGGUACACCCACCUUUAGACCUCAUCGUGGUAUCUCAAAAAUGCUAUAGAAGAAUGGUUCAUGAAGAUUGGAUAAAUGUCAUGGAGUAACGAUUUUCAUCUUUGGAACAUAAUGAUCCGUAAAAAUGCUCACACCAUGAACAACAUCAACAACAUGCGUCGGAAGAUGAAGAUGUUGAUUUCUCUGCGCGCGAAAGGCCAGAGUUUCAACCAACGGAACAAAACACUUAACACGCUACGAGGACUUGAUGUUAACAACAAUGAAAUGAAGAGCAUUAUCUAUCUUCAGGCAAGGAUAUGACAUGUCGGCGGAGCACACCAUUUGCCACUCAAGUACACACUUCUAGUGAGUAGGAC